UGUGAUUGGCUGCUGAGAACUCGUUUCAGGAAGUAGUGGGUCGAAUUACAUUUGCCGACUGAAAAUCCUCCUCAUGACAAUCCGCUCCAGAGAUUCUCAGUGGUAACUCCUGAACUCACACAGGUCUGUCAUGGCUGGCAGAAGAGUCGUGGUCUUCCCCUCCUCAGCAGAGCUUGGUCCGGUGCUGGCCCAGCUGGUGACAUCUCGGGCCCAGAAGGCCAUCGUCUCUCAUGGCAGGUUCACCCUGGGGCUCUCUGGAGGAAGCCUUGUGUCCAUGCUCAGCAAAGAGCUGCUCGCCCUGCCAGACCUGGACUGCAGCAAGUGGGUGGUUGGUUUCUGUGACGAGCGAUUGGUGUCCUUUGAUGAUCCUGAGAGCACCUAUGGGCUGUACAAGAGUCAUUUUUUUUCAAAGGUCAACAUCCCUGACAGUGGGAUCUUAACCAUCGACUCCUCUCUGCCUGUGAAUGAGUGUGCUGAGGACUAUACUCGCAAACUAAAGGAGGCCUUCCCAGGGGACGAUUUCCCUGUGUUUGACCUGUUACUGCUGGGUAUGGGGCCUGAUGGACACACCUGUUCCCUCUUCCCAGACCACCCUCUUCUGGAGGAAACCAAGAAGAUUGUCGCCCCCAUCAGCGACUCUCCCAAACCACCCCCACAGCGUGUAACUAUGACUUUCCCAGUGGUGAACUCGGCACGCUGUGUGGCUUUUGUGUCAACAGGAGGAAGCAAAGCACCCGUUUUGAAGGAAGUGCUGGAGGGUAGAGAAGGACCAGCUUUCCCAGCAGCUCGCGUUGUCCCGACUAACGGCGAGCUGUUCUGGCUUGUUGAUGACCCCGCAGCCGCCUCCUUAACUAUCCAGGUAGAGAGGCUUGGCUCAGGGGCCAAACUGUAGCGCUUUCCAUCUGCCGAAUAAAGACAGGAAGUCAACGCUGGUGCGAAAACACGAAGAGAUCGGAAAAUAGUGCAGUACAUUCCUACUUUCACAUGAAAGUGCUGUUGAUUAUUGUAGCCGAGAUAAUGAGAUAGGAUAUAAGGAUGAACUGAAAAACAGUGAGGACACCUUUGUAAUUUCCAGCAUUAUAUUUAGCAUUUAUUAGAGGUUGGUUAGUGUAACAUUUUCUUGGCUAUAAAGUUGAAAAAAUUAGAUUUUUUUGGUGUGUAUUGGGUCCAUUAACAUGACAUAGUUACCUUAUAAAUAUACUGUAAAAUGUAUGUUCUUGAGUUGCCUUGACACCCAUUGUAAAAUAUAACAUCCAGUCACAGUCUGACACUAAACAUGCAUUAUUUUUAGUACUUGUCAUUAGAAAUGUAAAAAAAUAAAAUAAAAUAAAUGUUAAUAAAACA